UAACGGCGCGGAUCUCGGGCGUGAGAGCGGCGCGGCUUCUGACGGGCGCUCAGUGGUGUCCACGACGCUGGUACUAGAGGAUAUCAUCUCUCUACGUUGCUAGGAAGCUCGCUAACGCCCAUGGACUCCUGGAGAAUUCUCGCGGCUCUCGUGGUGGCGGUUGGAGCUGCGGCAGGAGAGAUUUGUCAGAGUGAGGAGUGCACGAGAGAGCUCAGGAUACAACGACUGAAAUACUUCUUCGACGGCGUGACGCCAGCCUCACAGGACUCGCCUGUCACCGUUAAGGACGUGGGCCAGUAUGUAACACACAAGAUCAGCGAUCUCAUCAUAGGUUUCACCUCUGGUCAGAGUCAAAGCGAUGAACAAGUAAGUGCAAGACAGGAGCGGCAGUAUUACGGCACGACGGGAUACGGCAAUUAUUACGGCAGCACAGGCUACGGUCUGUAUGGAGGUGGCAGUUCCAGCACGUCAUACAAUGGCCUGGACGCUGCACUGUCUGCUCUGGCCUUCCUUGCUUUUGGUGUCUGGCUAUUCAACCUCGUGCUUCCAAAACUCCAAGGGGCCGACUUAGACCUAGGAGGGUUAGGGAGGACGUCUGCUCUCCGUCAGGAAACGGGCAGAGACGCCUUUGAAGUGUUAAGCACUCUAGCCACCACUCAAGAUCUUAUAAACAGCAUUUUCGGCCAAGGAAAAGCCCAGAGUAGCAGGCAGCUUAUACAAAACUGGUUCGGCGAGCAGCUCUUAAGCACAGCAGAAAAUAGCUUAAUGUCGGUAAUUCAUUAUUUCUCGGAUCCUUCCACUGGCCACAGAUCCUUUGGGACACAGAACGACCCCACGCCCUCAGAGACGCAAGGGACGUCCUCCAGUAAUAGAAGCCGCCGUGGGGUUGCCUCAGGAGUCCAAGGAAAGCUCCAGGACGCAGUUACAUACCUCGCCCACAUGCUCUCUACGUCGCCCACUGAACACCGGAUUCCUGCGCCGUCAGGAAAGGAAACAACGGAUCUUUAAACAGUCUUUGCCAAGCAGUCAUUAUACGUCAAAAACUGUAGACAUCUUUGGAUAUGAAGUUUAUGACGCCGGACCACAUGUUUCCCUCAAGUAUGACAUGUAAUACACACUACCUUAAUGCACCGCUGAUUUCUUUCGGUGAACAAACGUUACAUUCGUCUUUGCAUCAGAUGGAUGACUCCAAUAAAAGAUCUUGAAAGCUCUAUAAGCCUGAGUGAGCUAACAGAUCAAGAAGACAGGAGAAUGAUGGUCGCCAUUACGUUAACUGCGUCCGCGAGCGUGUGCAUGCAUGAUGGCACGCCCAAGACAGAUAGUUAAGAACUGUUAGGUAACAGAAUUUACUUAACGCAUCUCCUCAUCGAGUAACUGAUGGGAGACGAAGGGGUUGUUAGUAGCGUGCUUGGAAGCAGGAGAAUGAGAGAUUCAGAUCGUGUGAGUUGCAUCGGUAUCACACACACAUACAUACGCAAGUAGAACAAAGAAGGGAAGUACAGGAAAACAGACGAAUAUGCCGAAGCCCUUUUCCCAUUUAUUGCUUCACCAUGCCCUGAUGAAGCAAUAAAUGUGAAAAGGCCUUAGGCAAAUUCGUGUGUUUUGCUAUACUUCCCUUAUUUGUUCUACAUGCAAUUUGUUCGACAUGAAUUUUACACACACACGCACACGCACACGCACACUCACACGCACACAACACACACACGUAGGCAGGUAGAUAGACGCAGAUAGGUGUAUAGACAGACAGGUAAAUAAUUAGAUAAUUUGAGUAGAUAGACACUAUAUAGAUUAAAUGAAACACACGCACAC